AUGACCGAGGUCGACAGCACGCUUGCUGCCCCGGACCUCCCGAGGUCAAGGCGUUCCUCGCAUCGUCAAUCCGUUAACGGCGUGAACCAGGAGGCCAUGUCAUCUGUCACAUCUCUGGGCGAGAUGGAGGCUCGCUGCGGAGGAUGCAAGAAGGUCAUCGACCAGGAGAACGGCGGAAUCGUCGUUGCGUUUGGCUCUGCGCUCUGGCACGUCGACUGCUUUCGCUGCGCCAAGUGCAACGAAAAGGUAUCUGCAGACACAAACCUUCUCCUGCUUUCCGACGGCAAUCCCGUGUGCGGAAACUGCUCUUACCAGUGUUUCGUGUGCAAACAAGCUAUCACCGAGGAAGCUAUCAUGACGGGCGAUGAGUCGUACCACGCCCACUGCUUCACCUGUCGAACCUGCAAACGUCGCAUUGAGGAGCUGGUCUUCGCCAAAACGACGCAGGGCAUCUACUGCAUGUCAUGUCACAACGAGCGUGUGGCGCGAUCAAGACGACACGCUGAAGCCAAGCGCCAGCGCGCAGCGAGAAAAGAGCGAGAGCGGGCAGAGGCCGAGAAGAAGCGCGCCGAGCGGGAAGGCGGCACUGACACGGUCAGCCCGCUUCCAGGAGGCGUGGCACGGCUCCCGGCGCUGUCCACGUCGACGUCGCUCAACCUGCUUGCGUCCGGCGCCGUGCAGCCCCCGCAGGACCGCAACUCGUCUGCGCCGACAUCGCCGACGUUCCAGUCCAACGUACGACCUGCCUCACCGCAACGCUCCCUCUCCGGCCCUUACAGUGAAACGCAACCCACUGGCAAACCUCAUUCGCGCGAACCGAGCGCCGACCGUGGCAGCAGUCCCACAACACGCACAGGCGCUCGACCUGGUUCUCCAGCCUUUGUUACUCCACGUCAAGGCGCGCCCCCGUCUCUGGACACGACGCAGGUCUCGUCCAGAGACUGGUCCAGUGACAACGAGGUCUCACGCUCGGCCACCGCGAGCCCGGUUAUGCCGCUGAGCCCUGCCAGCCCGUAUGCGGUCACUAAUGUUGGAACACCAGGGGGAACAUCGGUCCAAUCUUCGCCCUCCGCACCAAAUCUCAGUGGCUCGCUGGCGACGCCGCAGCGCAACCCUUCGCCUAUGGGGCCACGCUCGCCGACCAACACUCCUGGUCUCAGCCCGUCUGGCGGCGGCGGCGCAGGUCUGGGUGUGCCGACCACCAAGGCGUCGAAGAGGAGAUCGAUCAACCCCGGCAUGGUUUUCAGCGUGGAUGGCGCUGCCGCCACGUUUGCAGCCGAGCCGCGGGCACCGUCCCCAUUACGAGCAUCGUCCAGCGACCAGCCGUCCCGGUCGUCGUCGCCUUCCACUGUCACCUCGCCGACGCGCGCAACUAACGUCUCGGCGGAAAGCUCAGAGGCCACGAUCAAGGCGGCUCCUGCGCUUGACAAGGGACGCUCGUCGCCUGCACCCCAGUCACCCGAAACGAUCCGCGUGUCUGUUCCUACUGAGGAGUCGCCUGAAGGCAAGGCGGGCCCCCGUAUCUCCGCGCCAAAGCUCGGCAACAUGUCAUUCUCGCUCUCCGACCCCGACUUUGCCAGCUUAUUGCAGGAGAUGGAGAGCUCGGGCAAGUCUGCGGCGGAAAUCGUGGCCGUCAAGGAAGCCCGCGAGAAGGCUGCGUCGUCGGUCGACUCGCACACGUCUCAGGCCCCGUCUCAGGCUGCGACAGGCGAGUCGUCAGCUUCGGCGUCCCCCGAAUCCCCUGCCGUCGUCACCAUCUCGCACAGCCCGCCCAUUCCCAACGGCUCGGACAAGAUGCCUCAGUCGCAAGGACUGCUCUCGCCCAGUGACAGCAAGCUGCCGCCUGCCGGAACGCCUCGUCGCCGCCCUUCGGUCGAGUCCGCCAUCUCCGUCCGCAUGGAUCCCGAGAACGCAAUCAUCACCCUCAAGGAGCUUGUGGCCUCUGCCGCGCCGGACGCGACGGAGGUGGCGGUCGACCUCACGUUACUCAACGAGAUCAUCCGCGAGCACGACAACCUGCGAGACACUGCCACCAUGCUGAAGAACAAGUACACUGGAGCUAAGCGUUCGAGUCAGCAGUAUAGCGAGGGAUUGACGAUCGCAGGUGAAGAGUAUGACAAGGAGGUGGCACUGCGCCGUGAGCUGGAGGCGGAGAAUUCGCGUCUGCGUGCUCAGGUUCAUGGCCAGACUGCCCGUCUGUCAGUCAUCUCCAGUGAUGAGCGCAGGGCUGAGAGCAUGCGCCGCCGUUCCCAGGACCUGGUCAACAGCCUUUCAACGCUGGAGCGCGACAUCUCGCGACUUCGUGCGCAGCGCGACAUUUCGCUCGCCGAAGUCGAGGAGCUGCAGGCGACCAAGGGCGGAGUCGCCACGGGUGAGAUGGAGUACGUCGACGACGCUCCUGGAACUCUCGGCCAUUCGCUUAGCAGGCGUCUCGAGACUAUCAAGGAGCAGUACCGUGACGAGAUUGGGCCGCUGUCCGCGCAACGUGAAGUGUUGCAGCGUGAGAUUAACGAACUGCGCGAGACAAAGCAGCAAUUCCUUGAGGAGUCGACAUCUCUUGCCGCUAAGAACGAAGAGCUUGCCGAGCUCAACACGCAGCUGUCCCGCCAGAUGGAGAGCAUGGAGAACAAGCUCAAGAGCACGUCCGCGGCGGCGACUCUCAAGCCUGCUCUUCACGGACACAAGGCCGGUAGCCCGUCCAUGUCUUCCCUCGCCCCGACCUUGCCAGAGGUGCAGGAGGAGACCGCUCGCGUCAUUCGCGUCCCGAAGCCGGAGCCGAUCGAGGCUGCACCUGCUCGCCGAUUCAAGUGGAUCAAGUCGAACGCUGGCGCCAAGCUCACCGCUGCCGACCGCGAAAAGAAGAACGGCGGCAUGCGUCCCUCGACCGAGGUCGGUCUUCGGGAACACAACUUCCAGCAGCACAGCACGAUGCGUCUUGGCCGCUGCGAGCUGUGCCAGGACAAGAUGUGGGGUCUCCAGGAAGUCAAGUGCGGUCAAUGCGGCAUCGUCUGUCACUCCAAGUGCGCCGACAAGCUUCCGAAGUCGUGCACUGGCAAGGAGAUCAAGAAGGAGCCCAUCGACGAGGGACCACUCCCGCCGUCCAUGUUCGGCCGCGACCUCACCGAGCAGGCGAUCGCCGACCAGUCGCCCGUGCCCGUUAUCGUCACCAAGUGUGUGCACGCGGUCGAGGCGAACGGCAUGGAGUACGAGGGUAUCUACCGAAAGACUGGAGGAUCGACGCAGUCCAAGGCAAUCACGCAGCUGUUCGAGCGCGGCAACUACGACCGCUUCGACCUCAUGGACACGGACUCGUUCAACGACAUCAGCUCGAUUACGUCGGUGCUCAAGUCGUACUUCCGCCAGCUGCCGAACCCGCUGCUCACGCACGACCUGCACGAGAGCUUUGUUGCUGCAGCCAACAUCCGCGACCCGAAGAACAAGCACCAGGCUCUGUGCGCCCUGCUGAAGGAGCUGCCGACGCACCACUACAACACGCUCAAGGUGCUGAUGCUGCACCUGAACCGUGUCACGGCCAAGAGCGCAGUCAACUUGAUGACGAGCCAGAACCUGGGUGUUGUCUUUGGACCAGCAACGCUUCUGCGCUCGAAGGAUCCCGGCCGCGAGUUCGGCGACAUGGCUGGCAAGGCGAUGAGCGUGCAGUGGAUGGUGGAGAACGCGCAGACCGUGUUCCAAGACGAGCGCGAGUAG